AUGUCCAAAGAUUUCUCCGCUCUCGUGGGUGUUACCGAUCUUCUACUUGAUUUCAACGGCUUGGAUGGCCCCUUGGAUCCCAAGUUCCUUCCCUCUGGACGGCUGGGAUUCUUCUCAGCUCACAGCAACAACUUCUCGGGCCCCAUCAGCCCGCAGCUAGCCAUCCCCCUGGCGUCGCCCAUCUUCUCCAUCCUCGACUCAGGGCUCAUCCUCGCCAACAAUUCCUUUUCGGGCAGCCUGCCGGGCAGCCUGGGCAGGCUGGUGCAGGCGUACGUGGUUGACGUGUCGCACAACCAUUUGUCGGGCCGCAUCUCUCCUUCCUUCGGCACUCUGUACCAGCUCACCCGCUUCCUCCUCAACGACAAUGCAUUUACUGGUGCCAUCCCCAACGAGCUGGGCAUAGCUACCGGGCUCAGGCUGUUACGGCUUGCUGGUAACCGCCUCUCCGGCACCAUCCCUGCCACAUUCACCGCCCUGACUCGGCUUCAGGAACUCGACCUGAGUCGAAACCACCUCGUAGCUUCCCUCCCCGACCUCUCCACCUCUCUGCACCGCCUCACACUCCUUAAUACCUCUCGCAACUUCCUCUCAGGGCCCCUGCCCUCCCACCUCCCUCCCUCCCUCCUCUCUCUCGACUUUUCCAACAACUUUUUCUCGGGCAGCCUGCCCGAGUCGUCUGAUUGGCUGCCUGACAAUGCAACUGCCCGAUUGCAUGGGAAUUGCCUACAGCUGCCAUCCUGCCCUGUGCCUCCGAACCUGUGGUCCAGCCUUGGUGCGAAGCUGGGAGACAGCUUUGGGCCGAACCUGGGAGUUGGUUUGGCAUGCUGGCUGGCAAAACAGCGCUCAGAGAGGCAGUGUGCUGCGUUCUGUGGAGCCAAUGAAAGUGUGACACGUGUCUGCAGGUGA